AUGGCGUCUACCGAGGAACCCAUUCCUAUCUCCUCCGACGUCGAUAUCGAGGCUGAGGUCGAGGCCGGAGUCGAUGCCGAUGUCGAGGUUCCGCCUCCAGCUACCCCCGUAGACUCGGCCAUGUUCUCCGGAGGUGAAGAGGCUGUUAAGUCUAGCCCCGAGGCAUCCAAAGAGAACGUCCCAGUGUCUCCUAGCAAAACCAGCACUGGUGCACCAACUACCAAACGUCCUAUUGUGGUCAAGCGCCCUACCUCAACCUCGACUGUGUCGAAGACUGGAGCUACGCCAGCUGCUCGUACCAGCAUGAGUAGCACAUUGAAUAAGCCUCCUACCCGGCCUACCACCACCGCCACCACUACUGCCACUCGGAAGCCUCUUGGUACUUCUACCACGUCGUCUCACAGGUCCCGUGCAUCGGUCAGUAGCUCUGCGGAUGAGAAGCCUCGGUCAAUCGCAAGCUCUGGGGAUGAGAGGCGCAGCACCUUGGGUGCAGCCAAACGCACUUCUAUGGCUGCUACUCCGUCUACGCGCGCCCCAUUGAAGUCCACCUCGACCCUUGACCGCAGAUCAAGUGUCGCUGGCUCCGCUUUGGAGAGAAAGCCUGCGGCACCUUCCACUGCCACAUCCCGCACGGCUACCUCCACCAGUAGACCCGUUGGUAAACUGACAUCUGCGACCACCCCGAGUGCUCGACCAACCUCCUCGACCUCGCCCCGCACUACGACUACUCGCCCGGCGACCGCCACUUCUGCCACUUCGCGUACUGCGGCGCCUUCUAUACGGGACCCGACCAAACGGCUGAGCACCAUCUCUAGCACAACUUCCAGAAGUGCUGGAGACUCGGAAAAGCUGCAGACUUUGCAGGCGAAGCUCUCAGAGAGUGAGGAGACAGUCACCGAACUGAGGGCUGAGCUUGAAACUGUUAACGAGAAGCUGGGUCAACUUUCCAUUGCUGGGGAAGAGGCCGCUAAGGACAACACUGCCACAGAAUCUCUUCAGGCAGAACAUGCUGCUGAGUUGGCGAAGCUGGCUUCUGCCCAUGCAGAGGAGCUUGAGUCUUUGCAGGUCCGGCUUCAGGAGGCGGAGACACAACGUAAGGAGUUGGAAGAGAGUUCUCAGAAAGAACUCGAGGCUGCUAAGCAGUUGGCAAUGGCUCAAGGUGACGCUCAAUCAACCGCUGCUCUUGAUGAGCUCAAGGAAACGCACCAGGCUCAAUUGGAAGUUCUUAAGAAAGAGCUCGCGGAGUACAGGGAUUCUGCUGCGGCUUACGAGAAGGAACUUGAGGCUCUGAAGAAGGACCUCGAGGCACAGAAGGCUCAGUUUACCGAGGAAAACGCUCUGGCUGUCAAUAAUCUCGAGCGGGAAUUGGAGGGUCGUGACCAGGUACUCGACAACUUGAAGGCUGAACUUGACAAGCUGGGCGCUGCGAAGGACGAGGAAAUCAUGGCCGAGAAGGAUGCUGCUGAGAAAUCUACUUCAGCUCUCCGCGAGCAAAUUGCUUCAUUGGAAGCCAAGAUCGCUGAGUCUGAGUCCAACACCCAGAAUAAUUCAGAGGAAAUCACGAACUCCUUAGUCGAGAAGGAUCAGGAGAUCGCCGAUCUCAAGCAGAGCCUUGCCAAGGUUCAAGUAGACCUUGAAGAGGCCCAGGCUGCAUCCGCCGAUGCCCUCAGCACCAAGGUCAAAGAAUUGGAGUCAGCUCACGAGGCCGCCAUUGCUAACGUGAAGGCCGAGCAUGAGCAGGCUUUGAGCUCCCUUUCCGCCUCGCAUGCCGAAGAGCUUACUCUUGCCAAGGCUGCCGCUGAAUCUACCGGCACCGAGCACUCUCGGCAACUGCAAGAAUUGCGAGAUGCAUUGGAAUCCGCCAAGGCUGCUGCUCUGGGAGAUAACGAAAAUGCUAUUACAGACCUUAAGGCUGCCCAUGAGCUUGAGCUUAAGUCUCUUAUGCCGAGACUGGAGGAGUCUGAGAAGGCUUUGAAUGAGUCUCGUCAGGCUUUGGAAGGCCAUGCCGCUGCGCGGGAGUCUGCAAUUCAAGAAGUUGAGGCCCUUCGUCAAAAGGUUGGAGCCCUGGAGCCACAGGUCUCUAGCGGCGCUGGUAAGAUCAACGCUCUUCAGCAGGAGGUUCAGAGCAAGCAGACUGAAGCCGAGGAGCUGUACCGCAGCUUAAAGAACCUAGAGGGCGAGUCGAAGUCCAGGGAUGUCGAGAAGGAGAACAAGCUGAAGAGUCUGCAAGAUAAGGCCGCCGAGGCUACUCUGCUUCUUGAAGAGCACACUGCAAAGGCAGCUUCGUUGUCUGAGCAGCAUGCUCGAGACAUUGAGGCUCUCAAGGCUGAGCACGCCGCCGAGUUGGCACAGGCUGCAAAGGAAACAACUGGUUCUCACGCAGAUGCUUUGAGUGAGCUCCAGGCGAAGCAUGACGAGCUCCUGGCCAAAAACCGCGAAUUUGAGUCGAACCAUGCAACACAUGCUACUCGGGUCGAAUCGCUCGAGGCUGAAUUGAAGUUGGUUCAAGAACGUCACGCUGGAGAUAUUGCAACCCAUGCCCAGUCUCGUGAGACCGAGACUGCUGAGCUUCAGAAGCAGGUUCAAGAAUCUCAAGCCAAGGCCCAAGCCGAGGUUGAAGCAUUGCAAGCUUCUGCUACUGCCAACAGUGAUGCUCAUCUGAAGGAGAUUGCCGAGCUGCAAAAGGGUUUCGAGGAAACCAAGGCUCAGUUGCUGGCUGAGAUUGAAGCUGUGAAGAGCUCGAAGGCUGCCGAUGCUGAUGCCGAGCACGGAAAGGCCAUUGAAGAGCUUCUCACAGUCCAGGAGGCUAAGCUCGCUAAUUUGAGAGCUGAGCUUGAUGCAUCCCACGAGGCUAGACUUGGUGAUCUGCAGAACAUCCACGAGGUUGCCCUGGGUAAGGUCAAUGAGCAACUCCUCCAGGCCAAGGCAGCUGCGCAGGAUACAUCUAUCAUCGAUAGUCUAACGGCCACCGUGACUGAGCUUGAACAGAAGCUAGCCGCUUCGGAGAAAAUCCAUGUCACCUUCCAGGAAUCCGCGGUCACCACUUCGCGGGAGAUUCAGGAUAAGCAUGCUGCCGAGGUUGCCAAGCUCCAGGCUCAACACUCGGAGCUUGCGGCCAAGCAUGAUGCCGCUCUUUCCCAGGUCGGAGAGCUUCAAAAGUCUCUCGCCACUUCCAGCGGCAAGACCUCUGAGUUGGAGUCCAUCAUGAGACAACUUUCGCAGUCUCAAGAGGAGAUUGCUUCUUUGAAGGCGAAACACACCGCCACCAGCCAAGAGCUAGAGGAGACUCGGGCUGUGAACAAAUCCAUCGAAGAAAGGAUUGCCGCCGGUGAGCAGAAUCUGAAUGAUCAAAUCGACAAGAACAUGGCUCUUCUCAACCAGCUUGGUGAUUUCGAGUCACAACUUUCCGCCGGCCGCCGACGAGUCCGCGAGCUCGAGGCAGACCUGGCUACUCUGAAAGCAGGAGGCAGUCUGGGCACAGAGAACGACAAGGGCACUUCGUCAGGCUUGGAGUCAAGCCGGUGGGCAACAGCGGAUGAGGGUAGCGAAAAAGCUGAAGAUGGAGGUCCAGCCACAACUGAAGGUGAGCUUGGUUCAUCCAUCGAGGGAACGAUGGCAAGCAUUCAGGAACAGCUUAAGCACAUUCGAUCGGCAAACGAUGAGUGGUAUGAUGAGCAUCGCAGACUCAUCGGAGAAUUGUCUCAGCUCUCCCGACGAGCCACUCCCAACCCUCCCAGCCAGACGUCAACACCCGGCCCUGAAAUCGCAGUGACCGCUCCUGAGUCAGUGAGCAGUCGUGUCUCUGCCGCCCGGUAA